CACUCACACACACCCUGACUUCAGCUGAGGACACUAGAAUGUGUUUGCAUCCAGAAGGCCUUUUUAAGGGAGUUAAUCAGUCUGGCUAACAGGUUUCAACACGUCUAAAGAAAAGAAAUAUGACUGAAAUGCUGACAGCAACAGAAGCAGCUGGCGCGAUGACGAUGUCCCAUGUGACCACCUCGUCUCCGGACAACUCCACCUUCCUGGACUCUGAGUUCCGAUAUGUCCUCUUCCCGGUGGUCUACGGCAUCAUUUUCAUUCUGGGGGUCUUCGCCAAUCUCUACGUCCUCUUCGUCCUGCGCUGCCUCCGUGAAGCCAGGGCCAUGGGCGAGAUCCGCAUCUACAUGACCAACCUGACCAUCGCCGAUCUCCUUUUCGUCGCCGCUCUCCCGUUCUGGAUCGGCUACUACAGCCGCCGCGGGAACUGGAUCUUCGGGGACUUCAUGUGCAGGCUGACGGGAUCCUUCUUCUUCAUCAACACCUACGGCACCAUCCUCUUCCUGGCGGCCAUCAGCGUCAACCGGUACUGGGCCGUGACCCGGCCCCUGGACGUGGCCUCCUCGGACCACCGGCGCCGGGGGAUCGUCGUGUGCGUGGUCAUCUGGCUGUUCACCCUGGCGAUGUCGGUUCCUCACCUGGUCUCGCCGGGGACCCACAUGGACAACAGAACGGCGGACAAUGUCACCCGCUGCUUUGAGGGCUACCAGAAUGAGGACGAUCAUCAGAAGAAAACAGUGGCAGUGACUCACUUUUUGAUCAUCAGUCUGUUUUUGGUUGUGUUUUUCCUUGUGGUGGUGUGCAAUUUCCUGAUCGCUCGAGCGCUGCUUGCUCAAGGCCCCCCGCUGUCAGGACUUCAGUCUGCAACGUAUUCAUCGAGGAAAUCCAACAGGACCAUGUCCACGUCUGUCGUAAAACCCAGAGGGGUUAAAAGGAGGGCACUGCAGAUGCUGUGUUCGGUGGUCGGUGUUUUCGUCCUGUGUUUCCUGCCUCACCACAUACUUCAGGGCUUCUGGACCCUGGCGGUGCUGCAGAUCGAGGAGGGCUGGGGCCACGUGGACUGGGACCCGGAAACCCGUCAGCUGCUCAACGACGCCCACCAGAUCACCCUGGUUCUCAUGGGCCUCAACUGCAUUCUGGAUCCGGUGGUUUACUUUUUCGCCACGAGGAAGUUUAGGAGGUUUAUCACGGAGCACAUGAAGAAGCUGGCAAAGGGGGAGGGAUGCUCGCAGACGGUGAACUCGCAGCUCUCCAUGGACAGCAGGAAUCCGAGCCAGAGACUCCAGAGCGAGCAGCCCAGGGAAGACGGACACCAAGACUUGUAAAAACAUGCUCAUGCUCAUCGACGUUCCUCAUGCUGCUGGUAAAGCAUGAAACAAACGGUAUUUUUAGCACCUUUUGAGACUGUAAACAGCUGAAGUGUUUGCUGGUUUCACACAUUCAGAUCUGCAGUGAAGACACUGGAGGGUGUGGUCUCUCACACACACGUCGUGGUGACACGCAGUGUGUGGAUGCUGAAUCAGAAUUAAAGCUGUUCCUGUGUGAAGUACGAGCUGGAAAGCAGAAGUUUUGCAAACAGAAGAACAAAAUGAAAAAAAGAAGAAGAAAAAAAUUGAGCAUAAAAAAACAACAGUGACUCUAAAAAAGAUUCAGCA